AAGAAAAAAGACUCAACCAACAAUCUAUAUAAUUAUCAUCUGCUGCUGCUUUUCCUCCCUGGCAAAGAAACACUUCAUCCAUUUACAGAAAUCGCCCGCGGGAAUGUUACAUCAAAACUAAUCAUAACGAUUAAAAUCUGCUUUUCUGUGCGAGAGGAAGGCAAUGGGCGAGGAUGUUGUAUGCCGAAAAAAUAGCAAGAUAUCUUUAUACGAUUUUAUGAAGAAAUAUAAAAUACAAUUUCCAGAAAGGCCGACGCAGUGCUGUAAGUGAUCUGCUCUUUAGCUCGGAGUUUUAUUGUGGAGAUUGGUUUAGACUGGGAUAGAGACAUGAGCUAAUUGUAUCCUGAUCUUUGCCUUGAGGGGUUUCGGAGCCCUGGAGCAAGUACUCUCUGUAUUUUGUUCUGUCUACCUUAGCCAAGCUAUUGCAUUUCUCACCGGUGUAGGAAGGGAAGCAGCUCGCAGGCGAAAUCGGAGGGAAAGGGUUCUCAAAAAGAUACUUUAUGCCCAUCCAUGUUUCAGAUCUCUUGCGGGGCUGACCUAUACCCGUGCGCAGGGAAUUCCACGGUACAGACGCGCCACUGCAAAUAAUUAAACUCCCGGGCGGAAGUCUGGAUCUAUGUUUGCAUCUUUGUAGCUGUGAUGUUAUGGAGACAAAACAUGAUAUAUAUGGAUAACCGUUCCAGCAUGUCCAGGCCCAUGAUCACCAGAUCACCAGCAUCCCCCUUGAGUAACCAGGGCAUCCCGACGGCUGCCCAGCUCACCAAGUCCAAUGCCCCUGUGCACAUUGACGUGGGCGGACACAUGUACACCAGCAGUCUGGCCACGUUAACCAAGUACCCAGAGUCCAGAAUCGGACGUCUCUUCGAUGGCACAGAGCCCAUAGUGUUGGACAGUCUGAAGCAGCACUACUUCAUAGACAGGGAUGGACACAUGUUCCGCUACAUACUCAACUUCCUCAGGAUCUCUAAGCUCCUCAUCCCAGACGACUUCAAAGACUACAGCCUGCUGUACGAGGAGGCCCGGUACUUCCAGCUGCAGCCCAUGCUGGCCGAGCUGGAGCGAUGGCGCCAGGACCGCGACCUGGCCCGGGUGUCACGCCCCUGCGAAUGCCUGGUGGUACGCGUGGCACCCGACCUGGGAGAGAGAAUCACGCUGAGCGGAGACAAAGCCCUCAUUGAGGACGUGUUCCCAGAGAUUGGAGACGUCAUGUGCAACUCCGUCAACGCAGGCUGGAACCACGACUCCACACAUGUAAUCCGCUUCCCGCUCAAUGGAUACUGCCACCUUAACUCCGUCCAGGUAUUGGAGCGUCUGCAGCAGCGUGGCUUUGAGAUCGCCGGAUCCUGCGGAGGGGGCGUGGACUCAUCCCAGUUCAGCGAGUACGUCCUGAGGAGGGAACUGAGGAGGGCAGGCCAGCGAGGAGGGCCUAACUCAAACCGUAUAAAACAGGAGCAGCUGGACUAGACCUCCCAGACACCUGGGGCGCUAGACUUUUUUCCGGUGGCAGCCAAGCACUAGAUGGGACGCAGCAGAGCUCUGUGGAUUCUGGGUAUAAUACUGCACUCGUGCUAAUUAGUACUAGGAAACUCUGAAAUAUACUACUUGCUAACUGGUUGAACGUGGCACGUGUAUAAUUACAACCACUUUGCAUGUCGGAAAUGUCUGAGUUUCCUAGCUCCGACUAGCACGCGAAUGCAGCUUUAUCGUUUUGUUUGUUUGUCAUUAAACAUUUUUUUUACUUGAGAAGAACCACAGAGAAAGAGUGACCAAGGUGCGACAGGAGUUUUUUUUUUUUGCCAUAAGAAGAUACAGAACAUUUUGAUAAGUUGAUAUCUCAAGGAUAUUUGUGAUUGUUCAUGCCCCGCCCCAUCAAAAUAUAUAAAAAAGGAUUAAUACUUUCCCAGGGUCCCCAAAUAAAGUUUGUUUUAAAACUUUGAACCUACAUUAGGUUAGAUAUGAUUUCCAUGAUUAAGACCGUACAAAAUGUAAAUGGUUUGAUCGCACAUGUAGUGCAAGGCCAUUCACUAGUGAUUUGCAGUUUUUAUUUACCCAUUGGCAUAUUUACCAAGUCGAAUUGUUCUCCCAUACUAUAAAAACGUUCACUGUGUUGCUAGAGGCAGACAAACAGUGCUAUACAUCAUGGUGUUGUGAGAAGAUCUUGGUUAGCAUAAACACCAUUAUUUUUAACAGAACUGAAUGAAACAUUAUCCACACUCUUAUUCACACAGGAUGUUAAGUAUCGUGAUACAUAGAAAUGAAGUGUUUUUACUUUAAUCAAAGUUACCUUAUUGGAUUUUAUAAUAUGAAAUAUAGUUCACAUUAGUAUUAUCAAUAUUUUAUGUCAUAGACCAUUCUAUACUCACUAAAUGAAAAUGAUUAAGUAAAUUAUUAUAAGAAAUGUCCCUGCAUUGCCUCUGUUUUGGGUACUAAACCUAGAGAACAGAGGUGAUUAAUUCAGAGGAGCCUCAAGAUCCUAUUGAGUGACCUACUGUAAAUGAUAUUUGCCAUUGUAUAUGUUUUGUUUUUUACAUUGAAAUGGACACCUUUUUAACUGGCAUAAUGUUGCCUCAUAAAUGACUGAACAGAUCAGGCUUAUAGUAUAAGACCCAAAUUUAAGAUUUAUUCUUAGGCCAUUGAUGUGAAGUUUGAUUAUCAUAAACUAUUUCUAACGUGAUCUACCUACGCUCCCUAGAUUUGAGUAAAGAGGAAUGUAGCACUAAAAUGUGAAAUAAAUCUUCA